ACCUCAUAACUUCUUGAAGGUUACCUACCCUUUCAUCGACAGCUCUAUUAUACCCGACAACUUCACUCAUUAGCCGUAUCGUAACUAGCUCGGACAUCACUCGGAAAUGGCAUCUUCGUCAGGUUUACCCGUGGCUUUAUUAAUCAUAUAUCUCACAUUAUCUCUACCAACCAUCUACAUCGCCAUCAAACAUGGGUUGAAACACGGUGUUAUAAUCGGGUGGUUCUUCCUAUUCAUCUUUUGCACCCUCAAGAUCGUUUCGAGCGCCCUCGAGUUAAAAGAUGCCACCAGUUCAGGCGCCGCAUUAGUUUCCAGCAUAGGACUGUCUCCUCUGCUUGCUGCCAUCUGCGGGACUCUACAUGAGUCGCGUGUUCAUCUUCUUCCAAAGUCUCGCCGACCCUUUGACAAACAAUAUCUCAUACUUUUUCAUAUUUUGGUCUCGACAGCCAUCGCGCUGGUCGCUUCAGGUGCUUCGAAACUCAGCAAUACCACGAUACCUCCUGAACAGAUGAAGAAAAAUCUUGGGUUGGUGAAAGGAGGCAUGGUUCUUUUGCUACUGAGUUGGAUUUCCCUAGCAAUAAUCACACUCGCCACAUUCCAACAUGCACUAAGCCAGGGAUCCGAAAAGCUGGCAGCCGUUGGAGGAGGGAAGAAGUUGCUUCUUGCUGUGGCUUUCUCGAUACCGUUCCUGGGUAUCCGGGUACUUGAAAGCAUGAUUUACUUCUUCACCCAAAACCCGUUGCUUAAUCCUGUUUCAGGUAGUGUUGGUCUUCGAGUUGGUCUGCAGAUUAUCGAGGAGAUCAUCGUGGCUCUGUCGCUCAUCACUGCGGGCAUUCUCACACGAAAUAUCGAUGCUACAGCACAGGUGGACAGGCAUUAGGACAGGUACUAGAGUCUGCUUAGAGUUUCAUUCUUCAGGAAAGCUUCUAUCAAGAUACCCAAACAAGUCGCAAAUUUAUAUGGGAUUAGAGAUAGAAUUGAUGUGUAAUUCGUUCAGAUACCUACCUAGGUACCUACUUUAAAAUUUACUUUCGGCCUAGACGCGUAAUAAGAGGU